AUGUCUAUGAUGUGUUUGUGUGUGUGUGUGUGUGUGUGUGUGUGUGUGUGUGUGUGUGUGUGUGUGUGUGUGUGUCGCAAGAUUUUGUUAGUAAGCUUCGGUAUGUUAGCUCAGUCGAUAGAAGCGCCAUGUCUUGCACUGUUAUUGCCUGAUGACCUGGUUCAAAUACUAUCUGUUCGGUUCGAAGCUCAAAAACUCAAAUCCAAAAGCGAUCAUGUGCCAUGUACGUACAAUGUAAUGCUUGGGUAUUACAUGUGGCCUAUCGAGAUGUUUCAGACUUGUAGCAAGAAAGUUAAAUUAAAAGAAGCAGUUUUGCAUUUGUCAGAGCUUCGUAAAAAAGAACAAAAACAGUUCGAUAUCUAA